CCAGUACCUACCCCGCAGCCCAUGACGAAGCAAGUUGCCUGGACUCCGUUUAACCUGCCGAGGUCGCAGAUCUUAAUGCAGAUCAAAAAUAAAAUGGAGCUCAGAAGGCCUCUUCCUAUGCGAAGCUCACCCGCCUCAAGAGAUCAGAGUAGAUAUUGUGAUUUCCACCAGGAUCACGGGCACAUCACGGAGGAAUGCAAUAGCUUGAAGUCCGAGCUUGAGGGUUUAGCUCGGAAAGGGUUGCUAAACGAGUACAUUUCUAACAGAGACCAACUCAAAUUCGUCCGGGAGCAGGGGCGACCCCAAUCAUCCCGAGAUGCAAACAACCGACUUGGAGUCGGAUAUCAACAAGCACCGCCCCCGCUCCCUCCGCCCUCGCGCAUCAUUCAUAUGAUAACAGGAGGGUUGGAAGCCGGAGGGACGAGCUCAAAGCAGCAGAAGCUGUAUGUGCGAGAGGUGAAGCAUCCCAACCCAGCUCAAAAAAGGAAAUUUGACGAGGCAGAUUGGAAGAACCAACCCAUAACAUUCAGCUCCGCUGAUUUUGAUGGUGUCAUCACACCACACAAUGACCCGUUGGUCACCUCGGUCAUAGUCAAUAAUUGCGAAGUUCAGCGCAUCCUUGUAGACACAAGAAGUGCUCCGGACAUCAUGUACUACCACUGCUUCGAAAGCCUUGGCCUCGAUCCUGCCCUUCUACAAAAGUAUGACGGCCCCAUCUACGGCUUCAACAAUCAGCCAGUGCCUGUGGAAGGAAUCCUCAAACUUAAUGUAGCAUUUGGCUCAGGUCGAGCCUAUGUAACCCCCUCAAUCCGAUUUUUGGUAGUAAAGAUGGCGUCAUCCUUUAACAUCGUCAUCGGAAGGCCAACCCUGACUGAAAUUAGGGCAGUUGUCUCACCAUCCCACCUCUGCCUUAAAUUUCCUACCCUCACGGACAAACAAGUACCAAACCCAGAGCCAACUCAACCCGAAGUCCCACCCACGCAGCAAGUAAUGGGUGUGGAACUGCUGGAUAACAGACCUGAUGACGAAGCCAGGGCCACUCCGGCAGAAGAGGUGGAAGAGGUGCAGCUUGACAGCAAUGAUCCCACUAAAAAGACGAAGAUCGGCACCAAGCUGAGCUCCAAAGACCGAGCAGAGCUCAUUGACUUCCUCAAAUCAAACAGAGACGUGUUUGCUUGGACCUCAGCUGAUAUGCCCGGCAUACCCACCUCGAUUGCGGUCCACAAGUUAAGCACUCACCCCUCGAAGAAGCCCGUAGCCCAGAAAAGACGCCUGUUCGGCGGAAAGCGAUUGGAAACCAUCAAGGCAGAGGUACAGAAACUCCUGCAAGCCGGGUUUGUAAGGAGGGUAGACUACUGCGAAUGGGUUGCCAAUCCCGUUCUAGUCAAGAAGUCAAAUGGCCAAUGGAGAAUGUGCGUUGACUACACGAAUCUGAAUGACGCUUGUCCCAAGGACUGCCAUCCCCUGUCGAGUAUAGAUAGGCUGGUGGAAUCCGCGUCCGGAAAUGAACGACUUAGCCUUUUGGAUGCUUACUCAAGGUAUCACCAGGUCCACAUGGCCCCCGAGGACGAGGUAAAGACCUCUUUCUAUGCAGGCAACGAGAUCUAUUGCUAUGUAAUGAUGCCGUUCGGGCUCAAGAACACCGGGGCCACAUACCAGAAGAUGGUGACGAUUGUGUUUCGAGCUCAGAUCGGCAGAAAUCUCGAAGUCUACGUUGACGACAUAGUAGUCAAAAGCCUCAAGGCAGAGGACCACCUAACUGACUUGGCAGAAACAUUCAACAACCUCAGAACACACCGCAUGAGAUUGAACCCAGCCAAGUGCGUCUUUGGUGUCGAAUCCGGUAAAUUCCUUGGGUUCAUGGUCUCCAGGAGAGGGAUCGAAGUCAACCCUGAGAAAAUCAAGGCGAUAGAAGAGAUGAAGCCCCCGAAAUCGAUUAAGGAUGUGCAGCGCCUAGCUGGGAGAAUUGGAGCUCUGCACAGGUUUGUGUCGAAGUCUGCAGAAAAAUGUUUACCUUUCUUCAAAAUCCUGAGAUCCGUGGCCCAUAAAGAUGAAACAGGGAAACUUAAGAAGUUCGAAUGGACCUCAGAGUGCCAAACCGCCUUCAAUGACCUUAAGUCCUACCUCAGUUCACCACCUCUGCUAACCAAGGCCAUGAAAGGCGAAAUCCUUUACCUCUAUCUCGGAAUCUCAGACGCGGCAGUAAGCUCGGUCUUAAUCAGAGAGGCAGACAAACAGCAGAAGCCGGUUUACUAUGCCAGCAGGGUUCUACAAGGAGCUGAGCUGCGGUACUCCACUGCAGAAAAAGCAGCUUUAACAGUGGUCACCACGGCACGAAAAUUGAGACCCUAUUUUCAAGCUCACCCCAUUGUGGUGUUAACCGACCAACCCCUCAGGCAGAUCUUGCAAAAGCCAGAAUGCUCGGGAAGACUUAUCAAAUGGGCAGUGGUGUUGGGGGAAUUUCAGAUAACAUUUCAGCAGAGGUCAUACUCGCUUCCCCUUCUUCGAUGUUUAACUCCUUAUGAGGCCGAGUAUGCACUUCGUGAGGUGCAUGAGGGUGUAUGUGGCAGUCAUGUCGGAGCUCGAGCCCUGGCCCACAAGGUACUUCGGCAAGGAUAUUACUGGCCACACAUGCAAGAGGACGCCAAAAAGCACGUCCAGAAAUGCCCGAAGUGCCAAUUCUUUGCACAUCUCACCCACCAACCAGCAGAGGAACUGACCACCUUGGUGGCACCAUGGCCCUUUGCGCAGUGGGGGAUUGACCUCCUCGGUCCUUUUGUGAAGGGAACAGGGGGUGUAACACACUUAGUCGUGGCCGUCGAUUACUUCACCAAGUGGGUGGAAGCCCAACCCCUUUCUAGCCUGACCUCGAGAAAGAUUGAGGAUUUUGUUUUCAGUUCGGUCAUAUGCAGAUAUGGAAUCCCCAACCAAGUCGUCGCCGACAAUGGACCUCAGUUCAACUGCACCUCAUUCAAAGACUUCUGUUCCAGCUACGGGAUUAAAUUGGUGUUCACCUCUGUCUAUCAUCCUGAGGCAAACGGAAUGGUUGAGUCUGUUAAUAAGGCCAUCCUAGAAGGAAUUAAGCCCCGACUAGAUCAAGUCAAAGCCAAGUGGGCGGACGAGCUCAACAAUGUCCUAUGGGCCUACCGAACUACAAGUCGGACAGCCACAGUCCGCGAGGAAGCUCGACUUCGGACAUUAGCAUACAAGCAGAAGCUGGCCAACUCAUACAAUAGGCGAGUCCGACCUCGAACCUUUAGAGUUGGUGACCUCGUCCUCAGAAAGGCAGGACUCACCGGCUUCGAAACUCGCUUCCGCAAGCUUGCGCCCAAUUGGGAAGGCCCCUAUGUCGUAACCGAAAUCCCACACCCCGGCGCUUAUGUACUGGUAGACGCCGAGGGCAAAAGAAUACCUAGGGUUUGGAAUGUAAAUAAUUUAAAGAAGUUUUAUCCAUAAUAAAGCUUCAUUUCAUCCAAAUUCUUGACAGCUGAGCUCGAGCUCUCAUGUCGACUUCUACCUCGUCUUUAAAGUUAAAAAUUCCGAACCCCUCCCAACCCAAGGCAAAAAAGCCAGUACUUCUCCACUACAAUAUUUUUCAACUUCGUUACAAUUUUUCAGUAAACAAUAUCGCAAUAAACGCCAUACAUUUCC